GGAGCGACUCGGCUCGCUGCUCUUCUCGUACAACCCCCUGACGUUUCAAGUCAAUUCUGGAGGAAGCCGUCGCCUUGCUGGAAAUAUACCUGGUUGUGAUGAUCAUUUCAUUUUCCUGGGCUAUUUAUUUUAUAUUUGUUUCGAAACCCGUGUUGGGGAAAAGUUAGCUAGCUCUGCGGCUGAUUUUAGCCUGUUCCCAAUGAGAAGGGGCGUCCAGGUAGUUAGCCUGGGUGCGUGACAGUCGACGUCCUGCUUUAGAGGGGAAGUAAAGGCGUCCAGAUGGAUUUCUCCAAAUUCCUGGACGAGGAUUUCGACGUCAAAGACUGGGUAAAUGGCGCCUUCAGGGUGGUCCAGAAGGAUGCACCAGGGAAGGCGGACGCACACGCAGCCACACUCGUGAUGAAACUGCAGCUGUUCAUCCAGGAGGUCAACAACGCCAUUGAGGAGAGCAGUCAUCAGGCUCUCCAGAAUAUGCCCAGAGUGCUGCGAGACGUGGAGGCCUUGAAACAGGAGGCGUCCUUCCUGAAGGAGCAGAUGGUCCUGGUCAAAGAGGAUAUCAAGAAGUUUGAGCAGGACACAGUUCAGUCAAUGCAGGUCCUCGUGGAGAUAGAUCAGGUGAAGACCCGCAUGCAUAUGGCCGCCGAGGCACUGCAGGAGGCUGACAAAUGGAGCACGCUUAGCGCGGACAUUGAGGAGACCUUCAAAACACAGGACUUUGCAGUGAUCUCCUCCAAGCUGACCAGUAUGCAGAGCAGCCUGGCCAUGCUGGUGGACACCCCGGACUAUUCAGAGAAGUGUGUGCACCUCGAGGCUCUGAAAAACAGGUUGGAGGCUUUGGCCAGCCCCCAGAUAGUAGCCACCUUCAACGCCAUGUCUGUCGAUCAAGCCAAGCUGUUUGUUAAAGUCUUCACAGAGAUUGACAGAAUGCCCCAGCUCCUUACCUACUACUACAAGUGUCACAAGGGCCAGUUGGUGAGCACUUGGCAGGACCUCUCUCAGACUGAGCCGAGUUUGAGCCAGCAGCUGUCUGAGUUCUACGACAUUCUGCUUUCCACGUGGCACUCCCAGCUCCAGUGGAGCAGCCAGGUGUUCAGAAACCCGUACGAGGUGGUGACCGUUCUGUUGAUCCAGAGCCUGGGAGCCAUGGUACCGUCCAUCCCUGUGUGCCUAAGCACAACCAUGGAACGCACAGCCCAGGAAGAGUGCCUCGAAACCCUGCUGGAGCUCCACCAGACCACCACUACCUUCGGACGCAACCUGGAGGCCGUCAUGCUGCCACACCUGGGUGAGAGCAACCCACUAAAGGUGAACGAGUUGGUCAGCGCCCUGUAUGACCCCUACAAACCCUACCAGCUGCAAUACGGAGACAUGGAGGAGUCUCACCUACUCAUCCAGAUCAGCGCCGUGCCCCUGGAGCACGGGGAGGUGAUGGACUGUGUUGAGGAGUUGAACCGGUCUGUUGGCAAGUUGUUCAGCCUGGCCGGUGGCGCUGUGGACCGCUGUGUCAAGCUGACUGACGGGCUGGGCGUGUGUGGACUCCUCAAGGCCCUCAAGGCCCUGUUCACCAAGUACGUGUCUGAUUUCUCCAUGACGCUCCAGUCGAUCAGGAAGAAGUGUAAGCUGGAAGACACGCCCACAUCCUCCAUCUUCCAAGAGGACUGGACCGCCUUCCAGAACUCUGUCAGGAUCAUCGCCACGUGUGGGGAGCUGCUCCGACAGUGUGGAGCCUUCGAACAGCAGCUGUCAAACAAGAUUCUGGGUACAGCAGGAAAGUACCUUUCUGAGUCGUACAGCCCACGCAGUCUUGCGGGUAUUCAGGAAACCAGCUCCACAGACAGGAAGAGCACCACCAAGAACCCCUGGCAGGACUACAACUACCUCCAGAGGGGCAACAUGGCAGAAUACAAUAGCCUGAUGGAGGUGCUGUAUUCCCUAAAGGAGAAGGGCACGGGGAACUCCAGCCUGUUGGCUGAGCCCAGGGCAGCUCUGACCAGGCUCAACCAGCAGGCUAACCAGCUGGCGUUCGACUCGGUCUUCCUCCAGAUCAAACACCAGCUCUGCCUCGUCUCCAAGAUGGAGAACCACGAGGCCGGCGGUUUGGGAGAGAGCUACACGGAGGACCUGCCCACUUUCAGCCUUUCGCCACAGGAAUACAUCACAAAUAUAGGGCAGUACAUCAUGUCCCUGCCGCUCCACCUGGAGCCCUUCGUGACUCAGGAGGACCCGGCGUUGGAGAUGGCCCUGCAUGCUGGGAAGCUGCCCUUCCCUCCUGAGCAAGGUGACGACCUUCCCGAGUUGGACAACACGGCGGACUACUGGCUGGGCUCCAUUGCCCGGGCAACCAUGCAGACCUACUGCGAUGCCAUCCUGCGCAUCCCGCAGCUCAGCCCGCACGCCACCAAGCAGCUGGCCACUGACAUCGACUACCUGAGUAAUGUGAUGGACGCCCUGGGCCUUCAGCCCACACGCACCCUGCAGCACAUAGUCACCUUACUGAGGACCAAACCAGAGGACUACCGGCAGACCGCCAAGCCACUGCCCAGGAGAUUGGCCUCCACCAUCGCCGCCGUCAGGGGCCUCGACUACUGACAUGGAGGGAGAAGGAGGCAGGUUCUCAAAAUGGGGGGCUGGGGGGGGGAUAGGGUCGGGUUGGAGGGAUGCUGCAAGUCAGCACCAUAAUGGAGAAUAUUGCUUUUCAUUUGUUUACAGUGUGUCUUUAAGUGGUCUCAAAGAGAGGUCAGGGGUCAUUCCAUGUCAAUGAGCGGUUGAAAUUAAAAAAAAAACGGUUAAUGGGGUUGUGUCUGAAUUGGCAUGUUUGGUAGAAUGCUCUAGAAACCCGGUGUGGUGGUGGAAUCAGACAGGUUUGGACCUGCUGUGACAGACCGGAACCCAGUACCUUUGAUGGGGCCUUGAGAGCAAGCCAAAAGUGAAGCAACCAGUUAUUCAAGGGAUCUGUGCAUGGAUUUUAAGUCACUAUAUAUAUAUAUUAUCCACCUCUGCAGUGUGUACAGUUAACGGUAAAGACGAAAUGGAUUAAUCUACAGUUUCCAAUCAGCUCCUUCACUCGCUUCCUGUGGUUAUCUCUGUUCGUAUCCCCGUUUCUUGUCUCUGAUCGCUGCACAUUCGAUUUCAAGUUUGAAAAGGUGACUGGUUUCUCUUUGCUCUGUCUGGCUUGAUCGGGCUCCUAACAGAAAUACCCUGACACACAAGACAAAAUACAGCCGCUUUUUUUUCUGAUGUCUUAUCGACUAUAUAUAGGUGAAAGUUGAAUGAUUUUGUAACAUAAUUAUUUAAUAAAUGUUUAGCCUCUUUGUCUUCA